AUGCUUUCUCAGACGAAUAAUUCCAUAUCAUACCCUACAACUACCAAUAACUCAAUCACAAUUCUUUAUGGUAGUCAAACGGGCAACGCUCAGUCGUUAGCUGAGUUGCUCGCUCUCCAAUCAUAUCGAAUUUUCGAUCAGGAAUGUGUCAAAUCUAAUUUAGAACGUCUUCCUAUUAUUCAUCUACUAUCAAUGGAUGACUAUACACCUGUAUCACGACUUGCGAAGGAAAAAGGUGUGGUGAUAUUCGUUUGUUCCACUACAGGUCAUGGUGUUCCUCCAGAUAAUAUGUCACUAUUUUGGAAAAAAAUAAUGAAUCGAGCUUUGAUUCCAGGUCGUUCGCUCCCACCAGAUUUACAUUUUGCUGUCCUUGGACUUGGUGAUUCUUCUUAUCCUAUGUUCAACUUUGUCGCUAAGAAGCUUUAUCGUCGUUUGCUUCAACUUGGCGCCACUCCACUUUGCACAGAAAUUAGACGUGAUCAAGAAUAUGAAGAAAGUGAAAAUUCAAGUCUUGGUUUAGCUGAUGAACAGUCCGAGUUAGGUAUAAAUGAGGUUUUGCGCUGUUGGAUUCCAGCUCUUUGGGACAGCGUUAUAAAGUUCUUUGGCGUUCCGACUUCAGAACGAUUAUCACAAUUUAUUAGUUGGGACAACUUGAAAAAUCCUGAUUUUGUGUUUAGUUUAUGGCCUAAAUACGAUGUCGUUUGUUCCAGCUUAGUGCACAAUCCCAGUUUACAAUCCACAAGUGAAAGUAAUUUGCUAUAUCAGCUUAUCAAGCAAGUCGAAUUUGACAAUGCGCAUUCGUUCAUGUCUAAUCCAAUCCCAACUAAUGCUCAAUGGUUUCAGGUGGUACGUUGUAAACGUGUUACUAGUGCGGACCAUUUCCAGGAUACGCGACUAUUGGAAUUGUCUUAUAAAUAUAGUCUGAUAUCGAUUUAA